AUAUGGGAUAAUUUCAAUUUUUUUGUAGUAUAGAGCUGACAAUUUUUUGUUGAUCAGUGUUAUUUGGUCAUUUGAUUGGAAAUUGGGCUUGUGAACCAUUGCCAGUUGCUUUUGAUCCCCGAUUUCUGACUACUUACGCUCUUUUUUAAAUACACUGCUUUCUUAUUUUUUUUGCACUAAUUAUGUACUGCAUUUUAUUGAAGAGUAAAGUCAGACUUAUAUUUUUAUGCCUUUUUAGCUACUACUUGUGUAUGAUUGUUUUUCUUAAGUUCGUAAUUGCAUAAUGUUUUUUUUUCGACCUUGAACUUGAAGGAGAACAAAAUGGCAGACUCGAAAGAAAUGCCCCGUGUUGACAUGAAAAAAGAAUUCCCGAAUUUAAAUGAGACAGAGAAACAUUUCGUCCGGAAAAUAGAAAAUAUGAAUCUUGAGCGAGCAGGUCGUCUCACAAAAAUGAGAAGUCGUAACAAACUAACUGGAGCUCUUAUUGCCGGCGCUGUUUUGGGAAUAUGUAUCCUUUUAUCACUCAGCCCGAUCGCUGUUUAA